UCAUAGAUAGAAGAGAAGAAUCAAAGGAGAUUAGACUAAGCACAGUGGUUAAUUUGUAGGGAGAGGAAGAGUGGGGUUGGUCUCCGUUACAGCGACCCGUUUCUAUUAACCCCACGACAUACCCACCGCAUGCGGACCCCACUCUUCCGUCCGUUAUUGCUGACGUGUCACGACCGUUUCACUGGUUUUUCACUGUUGGGCCCCGCCUGAGUUGUCUCGACGAGUUCUUAUUAUUACCCAAAAACACUGUUCCACGUAGGCAGUGAAUUGUAAUUUCAACCGUCAGAUCUUGUGGGACCCAUGUUUCCAAUAUCUUAUUUGCAUACAAUGGGGCCCUCACGGUGUUUGUUGUUUUGUUAAUUUUUCUUUUCUUUUUUUCACAAAAACGCACUCAAUAGUAAAUAUUAAUUGCUUUGUUAGGUCUGUAAAUCUUUUAUUUUGAAAAUAAGAAUUGUGUUUUAUUCCUUUAAACUUUUAAGAAAUAAGUAAAAUUGAACACGUUUGCAUAUUUAUCUAACAAUAUAUUUACUUGUAAAAUCUCAAAGAUAUAUUACACGAACAUUCUUUUGAAACCCUAAUAGACAAUGGAUUCAACUAAAAAAACAGAAGAUAUAGCGGCGCAUGAGAAGAAGCACCUUCCAUGGGAGUUGAUUGAAGAGAUACUCUCUCGUGUCUCUCCUAUCUCUCUUGUCCGCUUCAAAACUGUUUGCAAACGAUGGAACGCUAUCUUGGACGACAAGACAUUCAUCAACAACCACAAAGAUACGUUUGGGUUCAUCCUAAAAUCCAAAUCCAAGAUCUAUUCAGUAAGCAUCGAUCCCAAGAUAGUGGUGCGUGAGCUAAUAACAUUGGAUGUUCCCGGUUUAGAAUCUCAGAAACCUAAGUUCUGGAUUGAUUACGACGAGUUCAUGAUAUGUCAUACGGAUAAAGGAACCGCAGUUUGGAAUCCGUGGUUAAAACAAAUUAGUACAUGGAUUAGACAUCCUAGGUUUGAGUUUGUCGGCAUAUGUUAUGAUCGUAGUAAUUGGACAAGCAUUUGGGGAAAUUAUAACGUGUGGAUAAUCCAUGACUUUGCGUUCGUUGCGUGGAAACACGUUACAUCCGGUGAUUGUGACGAGAGAAAAAUACAACUUAAAACUAUGCAUUCUGAAAUUGGUGGAUCGUUGAACGGCUCUUUGUUUUGGAUCGCUUAUCGUGACGAGACAGAUCCCUUGUACUGUUUAUGUAGAUUUGAUUUUUACAAGGAAAGAUUCUACACAUUUUGUGAUCUACCAUGUGGGAUGACCCAUCCUCGCGAUGCGCUUGUCGUUAGGUUCUUCAAGGGAGAUCGGUUUUUGGUUUUGAAACAAUGCCAUGUAACAAAGAAGAUUGAGAUUUGGGUGACCAAGAACAAGGUUGACGUUGAGGAUGGCCGUGAUGUUGUUUGGGUGAGUUUCAUGACUUUUUCAAUCCCUAACUUUCCGAGUUUAGUACAGGCUGAACCCUACUCUCAUCAGCAGCCAAGUUACUACAUCGACGAUAAAAGGCUUGUCAUGUGUUCUUGCGAUGAAAAUGGCCAGGCUUGGAUUUAUGUUUUGGGGGAAAACAAGUUGAUCAGCAUAGUUCAGUUAGAUUCUGUGGUUGAUCCCUGGCCUUCUCAUUGCACUUAUUUUCCCAGCUUGGUCCCGGUUCCUCGAGAAAAAAAAAUGAAGCAGAAUUACAAGUUUAAUUUUAUUUGACGUGUGUUUUCGGGGUUUUCUUUUGUUGUUGUUGGUUGCAAUUAGAGAUUUUGCUCAUUUUCUUAUGGUUUUGUUUCUUCCCCCGAUUAAAUAACUUUCUUCAGAGUUUUUAGAGCAAGUUAGUUUAAGCGUUUAGCAGGCUCAGUUUAACCUGUUGUCUUUUCAUAUGUUUCAGACAAAUAAUUUUGGACUCUUGAUUAUUAGGCCCCACUAACACCCCUAUAACCAAUCUAACUAUACAAUCGACCAAGGUACUAUUAUUAGAACGGAAGUACAAUUUUUAUUAACCAUUAUAAAAUCUUAGUAGGUCUAUUUCAUUAAUUACCUAAUAUCUAUAUACUAUUAUUUUUUUUAACGCUG